CCUUUCGUUUCCAUUCAAUCUCUUUAGUUAACUGAGAUAGUUGUCGAAUUUGUCCUUUCUUUUUUUUCUUUUUUAUUUUUUUUUUUUCGUUCUUCCUGCGAUGCUCCCUCUGACAUCGUACCGGAAUACGAGCCUGCCACUUGAGACUUACCCGCUGCCGAAGAUUCCGCUAAACGGCGCGAUCGGCGCAGGCAUGAUGUGUCGCACUCCCAGGGUUCCGCGCUGCCUGGCCCUCCAGUUGUGUUCCAAUCAUGUCUUUUCAUACUCCUCCCUCCGCUCCCGUUGUCGCCAGCUGACAGUCUUACCCCGUUCCCCCGUCUUCUCCUCCUCCAGCUGAAGUGCAAAAGCCCAUUCAAAAUGGUCAAAUACUACCCGUCCAUCAGCCCAGACUUCCAGGACUGGAUCCUCGCCCAGCCCGUCUUCUUCGUCGCCUCCGCUCCCUUGACCGGGAAACACAUCAACGUCUCCCCCAAGGGCCUCCCCUCCUCCUCCCUGUCCGUCCUCAACCCCAACGAGGUCGCCUACAUCGAUUCGACGGGCUCCGGCAACGAGACUCUCAGCCACAUCCGCGAGAAUGGACGGUGCACGAUCAUGUUCUGCUCGUUCGACGUGAGCCCGCGGAUCAUGAGGCUGUUCUGCCGCGGGGAGGUCGCCGAGUGGAACGAGCCUGCCUUCCAGACGAUGCUCGGGAGGAUGGCGUUGGAGAAGGAGUUCGUGCAGGGGGCGCGGGCGGUGAUGAGGUUGGAUGUUUUCAAGGUCCAAACAUCGUGUGGGUUCGGUGUCCCCCGCCUCGCACUGACCACCGAUCCCAAAACCAACGAGCCGAAACCCUACCUGGAAGACCGACGCGCCCUCGGUCACUUCGCCGCAGUGGUAGUGGCGAAGAACCAAAUUCACACAUACCAGCGAGAUUUCAAUGCCGACAGCCUCGAUGGCCUCCCGGGUAUGAAGGCCGCCAUGAGAGAUCGUGGGAUGCGGGCCGUUGAUGCCCGCAUAUGGCUAUGUAGACAGCGAAGGGCCCUGGAGCUGGUCGGGGUGACUCUGUUGUCGAUAGGUUUGACGGUGGCGGUGAUGUGGGUAAAUGGGUGGACGAGGUUCUGAUGAUAAGAUGAUUAUUAUAUGAUUGUUAUAUACCUAGUACCUCUACCCCCG